UUACUGUUAAAUCAAAAUAAGAUUAAUAUUAGAAGAGAGUAUAAGUUAACCCAAAAAUCAAAUUAUAAUAUUUGGUUUGAUUAUUUAAAAUCAGAACUAACUAGUUGUGAUUUAUUAGAUGUAAUAGACGAAAAUAAUAGAAAUGAAAAUAAUUUACCAAAUUCAAUAAUCCAUAAAAGAAAAUGUCUGGUUAGAGAUAUUAUUAUUAAUCAUUUAGAUGAAGAUUAUCACAAGAAAAUUCUCGACAUUUCUGAACCUGUAGAAGUCUUAAAGAGAAUCAAAGCUUGUAGAAAAGAACAGAUAAAUCUUACUUCAAGCUCUGUUAGAAAAAGAUUGUAUUCAAUUAAGAUGAAAAAGAAUGAAAAGGUCAAUGAUUUCUGUGAAAGAUUUGACCAAAUCAUUAGAAAAUAUGAAUCUUGUGGAGAUGGGGAACAACUUACUGAGCAAGAAAUUAGAUCUGCGUUCUAUCAAGCUAUAACCCCAAUAAACCCUCAAUUAAUGUCCGCAGAUUUCAUUAAAAGGUCUCAUUCAAAAGAGAUGACAAUAAAUGAAAUGAAAUCUUUUAUUCUACAGUUAGAAACCGAGAAAAAGACCAACGACGGAGAAGAGACAAUUAAGGCUCAGACUGCAAAGUUUGACGGCAAGAAAAACUGCCAUAGAUGUGCCAAACCUGGACAUAGAAUUGAAAAUUGUCCUCUGUCAAAAGAUCUGUGGUUCUGCUACUACUGUCAGGAGAUAAGAUCUCAUAAGGGUUCAGAGUGCAAGGAUGGCAGGAUCAAAAAAAACUCUGUUGAUCGCAAGAAGUAGCGCAGUGGAAGCUGGACGUGGGAAAAUGGAGGGAGUGUAAAGAAGACACGAAUUUACCCAAGUCCGCUGAGAUCUAUUUUUUAUAUAUCUAGAUUAUUAUUAUUAUGGCUAGUGAGUUGGCGUCGGUCUGCGCGCCGCUCGACGGCGCAUACGACUCCUCUCCCCU